GAUGGGGAACGGCGCCUCAGCAGAGAAGCUGCGACUCGCUCGCACAAACUUCGUCGAUAAAGUGUCGGAUCCGGUUCUGAACAAGCUGCUGGACGAGCUGCAGCACGUCACCGUGCUAACUGAUGCUGAGGGCGAAGCGGCCAGAGCCAAACCGAGAGGCGAGAAAGCUCGAGACCUGAUCGACAUGGUGCGAAAGAAAGGAGCUGAAGCAAGUUCAAAAAUGAUCGCCGUCUUUUAUGCCAAUGAUCCGUAUCUGUGCAAAGAGCUCGGCUUAAUGUGAAGCACAAAUCUGUGAUGAUCACAUGCACGUAGACAUGAGGUUGGAGGCAAAAAAGAUUUAGCUUAAAGUUCUGG